ACUCUGCUACAUGCUGCAGCAUUUAUUGGGUUUAUUCUACUCUUCACGGCGAAAUGGCAAGUUUGGGUGUUUGGCCUGACAUGCUGUUACUGUUCAGGUCUAGGAAUAACAGCAGGCGCACACAGACUUUGGUGUCACAGGUCAUACAAGGCUAAACUCUCUCUGAGAGUCCUCCUCAUGAUAUUCAAUUGUAUAGCUUGCCAGAUUUUUCAGAAUGAUAUCUACGAGUGGUCUAGAGAUCACCGUGUGCACCAUAAGUUUACGGAAACAGAUGCUGACCCACACAAUAUCAAACGAGGGUUCUUUUUCGCUCACAUGGGCUGGUUAUUGCAUAAGAAGCAUCCUGACGUUCGAGAAAAAGGGCGGACUGUCGACUGUAGCGACAUCUUGCAAGAUCCUGUAGUCAGGUUUCAGAAAAGGUUCUACAUCCCCUUGGUUUUCCUGUUCAGCUUUUAUCUUCCAACAAUGAUCCCCGUUUGGCUGUGGGGUGAAAGGGCAUGGUUUGCACUUCUUACCAGCGGUAUUCUGCGUUAUACCAUUACAUUGCACAUUACUUGGUUGGUGAAUAGUGCUGCCCACUACUGGGGAAAUCGACCAUACAACUGUUUUAUCUACGCCAGAGAAAACAAGCGUGUGGCCUGGUGGGCACUUGGUGAAGGUUUUCACAACUAUCACCACACAUUUCCUUAUGAUUAUUCCACAAGUGAGUUUGGGUGGAAAUUGAAUAUAACUACGAUGUUCUUAGAUCUCAUGGCUACGUUGGGCCAGGCCUACGACCUAAAGUCCGUGCCUGCCGACGUCAUCGAGAAGACUCGACAGAAAACCGGAGAUGGCAGUCUGACAUUUUAGUAGUAACUGCAGGUGUGGUCUUCGCAAAUUUAACUUUCGCAAAUAACCUACUUUAUCAUGCUAUUUGACGAACGACAACUUAAUUGCAGAUUUCAUUGAUAUGUAAGGUGGAACAUAGUGAUUCUUAGCAUCACGCCUAUUUUUCUUAAUUUUUAAAAAUAAAUUUGAUCAUUAAAA